CAGUCAUCGGACUGGUUCCGUCGUUCGUAGAUAUCGUAGCGCUGGAGUAAAGAGCCGGCGGCGCGUUGGCCAGCAACCUACUAAGCAGCAGCAAGAGCAGCAACGGCAGCAACGGCAGGAACAGCAGCGGCACGCAGUUCCCAGUGGACAGUGAACAGUGCAAGUGGACAGUGGGAGAGUCUCGCUAAUCACAAGUUGCCUCUACUGCAAUUACUGGCUCUCAGUCGUUAAUAUUAAUAAUAUUCACAGGCUCAGUGAUCCUUGCGCGUUCCUUUAGCGCGGAAAAAAACAAGAAAAACUGAGGACACUGAAAAGUGCCUGAAACUGGUUUUCUGGCGAGGCAGCUCGCGCUCGUCCAUGAACGUGAAAAAGAGGACAAAACGAAAAAGAUAUUCCUCGCAUCAGCAGGACUAGAGACUCUUGACGGUCAACGUGGGUCCACCACCACCACCACCACCUCCACCACCACCACCACCACCACUUUUACCACCACCUUCAUUCCACUUUGAUUCUUCGAGGAGUCAUUUCUCGGUUCUCGGUUGGUCCUUCUUGGGCACUUUAGUCACACUUCGCUUUAGUUUACGUUCCUACGGUUCCACGUCCAGGACAAAAGUUCCGGAAGUGCAGAGGGGAAGGUGCUCUUCUUUGCGUGACGAUUUCCGAAGAGCAGGAGAGACGGCGAGAGACGGCGAGAGACGGCGAGAGACGGCAGGAUCCUCAUGAACGAUUAGCGGCGUUUAAGAAGGAGAGGAAGAAAGAAAGAAAAGAAAGGCAGCCGAAAAUGUAUCAGAGGGCAGUGCUGGUUAAUCUGCCAAAGUCGCAGUCGAUCGACAUUAAAUUCUCAGACGUGGAGUAUCGGGUGGCGCAGGGAUUCCUCGGCGAGAAGAAGAAGAUUCUUCAUGGCGUCGAUGGAUGCUUCAAGUCUGGCGAGCUGUCGGCCAUCAUGGGCCCAUCCGGGGCUGGCAAGUCGACCCUCUUGAACAUUCUCACAGGAUUCCGGCGAAAGAAUCUCGGGGGCAAGAUCAGCUACUUGGGAAGCGACGGCGGGGAACACCAAUGGAACGUCUACAAAAAGGAGUCCUGCUACAUCCAGCAAGACGAUCAGCUGCAUCCUCUGUUCACGGUGGCCGAAGUUAUGCACAUGGCGGCGGAACUUAAGCUCGGGAGCAGCCUCAAUCGAAAAGCCAAGCAGAUCCUGAUAGACGACAUUCUGGACAAUCUCGAUCUCUCGAAGACGAAGGAGACGCGAUGCGAUCGACUGAGCGGCGGCCAGAAAAAGAGGCUGAGCAUCGCCCUGGAGCUGCUGGACAACCCGCCGGUGAUGUUCCUGGACGAGCCGACGACGGGCCUCGACUCCUCCUCCUCGAUGCAAUGCGUCGCGAUGCUCAAGAGCCUCGCCAGGGGCGGCAGGACGAUCGUCUGCACCAUUCAUCAGCCCAGCGCAGCGAUUUACGAGAGCUUCGACUUUGUCUACCUGCUCGCCGAAGGUCGGUGCGUCUACCAGGGCGCCGCACGCAACACCGUCGCCUACUUCGGGAAUCUGGGCCUUCGGUGCCCCAAGUACCACAACCCAGCCGACUACAUGCUGGAAGUCGUGAACAAGGAGUAUGGGAACUUCAACGAGCAGUUGGCAAUUGCCGCGCAGCAGGACGACUGGCGCGACGUGCCCGGCGGCAUCACGAAGAAGAAGAGUGAGAUCUCCCGGCGCUAUAGCGACGACGGGAAGACCACCGUCCUCGUGAGCUCGCCAUCCGAAUUCGCGAGGUUCUGCAUCCUCCUCAAUCGCUGCAUCGUCCAGCUGUAUCGCGACUGGACCGUCACCCAUCUCAAGCUGAUACUUCACUUCCUCGUUGGCGUCCUUCUCGGGCUGUUCUUCGUGAACGCCGGUGGCGAUGGCUCCAAGAGCCUCAACAACGUCGGCUACCUCCUGGUGACCACCGUCUACCUCUGCUACACGAGCAUGAUGCCUGCCGUCCUGAGGUUCCCAUCGGAGCUCCCAGUCCUUCAGAAGGAGCAAUUCAACAAUUGGUACCAGCUGCGCACUUACUACGCAGCCUUCCUCGUGGCCAACCUUCCCGUGCAGAUGCUCUUUGCGAUGGUCUACUCCUCGGUCUCGUACUUCCUGAGCAGCCAGCCUCUCGACUGGAACAGAUUCCUCAUGUUCCUCGUGAUUGCGAUUCUCACGACAUUUAUAGCCGAGAGCAUCGGCCUGAUAAUUGGAACCACCCUCAACCCCAUAAACGGAACCUUCUUCGGCGCCAUCACCACCGCCACUCUUCUCACCUUUGCCGGAUUCCUCGUCCUCUUCAACCACAUGCCCGUCUUCAUGAAUUACAUUAGCUACCUGAGCUACCUGCGCUACUCCCUCGAGGGACUGGUGCACUCGGUCUACGGAUUCAAUCGCGAGAAGCUUCCCUGUCCGCAGGAGCUCGUCUAUUGUCAUUACCGUGUACCCGAGACCAUCCUCGCUGAGCUUGCCAUGGCCGAGAAUCACUAUUGGCUCGACGUCCUCGUUCUCUUCCUCAAUUUCUUCGUCUUCCGAUUAAUUGCCUAUUGCACUCUGAAGAGGAAGUUGUCCUACGCCUGAGACCCCGCAGAGCCUGUCUCUAUCCAUCCCUGUGUUCCUUUUAUCCAUAUCGUUCCUGCAUCUACCGGUGCUCCUCUUCUUUCUUACUUCACCAACGAGUAAUCCCCGGGACAUCUCGCAUUGGCAGGCUGGCAGGUUGGCAGGUUGGCAGGUUGGCAGGUUGGCAGGAUUACUCUCGGGCACGUUGCACGGUUGUAAUGGCAUCAGGCUUGCGACAGCACCGGGCCGUGAGCUGUGAACGGCAGCAUGGCAGCAUACGUCCAGCCGCGACACGUGUCCUUCGGAAGCCGGUUUUUUCUCUUUUCCUGCAGGUAACGAGGCAUUCGGCAUCCGACGAGGAGAUUGAGCGUCGCGGCGUCCACGGACGUCAACCUUCGAAGAAAACAAAUUGUAGCAACCGAGUCUUUUGGCGGUUCGGCACGUAACGUAGAUCUCUGGGCGACUUUCGACAUAGUGGAAUCUACAUGGAACUUGACGUCGUGUAGCGCUCAAGGUUGGCUAGUGACAUAAUCCACGUCACACGCUCGUAACAUUCACCAAAUCGUCAGAGUGUUUUCUAUGGUUGCCUCGUGAAAGCAAUCGCUUCAAGAGAUCAGCCAUGACUGUGCACGAUGAUGGACGAGAGUGUCAUUGUGUCGAGAAACCAGAGAGAGAGAGAGAGAGAGAGAGAGAGAGAGAGAGAGAGAGAGAGAGAGAGAGAGAG